CAACCACCGCGGCAUUCCAUCCGGCAGCCACCGCGCCGCGCCCGCUCCUCCCAUAGGGAGGGCGAAGGGCGGGGUCGGACAGCUCCGCGCUUCCCAGCGUCUGCGCCUGCGCCAGCCCCGACCACUCUCGCGCGUCGCGCGCCGGGUCUUGCUGGCUGCUUGGCUUCAGCCUGUCCUCUCUUCUCGAGGUCACGUCCCGCCUGCCCCCGACUCUCCCCGACUCUCCAGGCUCUUCUUCGAGAGCGCGCUCGUCCUGGUCCGGGGGUGAGCCUCAGUCCCGCCGCCGCUCCGCUCCACUCCACUCCCCAGGCAGCCCUGGAGCCCCGCGCGCUGCAGAGACCCUCGGGAGGGGAGCCCGGGACCCCGGGCCUCCGGAGGGCGCGACUGGGCCUCUCCAAACGCCAUUCGGCAGCUUUUCGAUCCCCUGUGCCCACACCCAAAUCUGGCCAGGCUGAUGAGACCAGUGAGGAUUCCCUACGACUGGAAAUCCAGGAGCUAAAGCAAAAGAGGGACACUUUGGAUCAGGAGAUCUCCCAGUUGAUGGCUGAAGGCUAUGUUGUAUCUGAAUUGGAAGACCACAUUUCCCUGCUCCAUGAAUACAAUGACAUUAAAGAUGUGGGCCAGAUGUUAAUGGGAAAAUUAGCCAGCAUCAGAGGUGUCACCACCAAGGAGCUAUAUCCUGAAUUUGAUCUGGACAUGAAUGACUAAGCAGAAAGGUGGAUUCCCCUGCAUCCUCCUACACUACUAGGUGAAAAGCCACAAGGAGAGCGUGAAGAUGAAACCUACAAGAUUUCUAAGAGAGGCCAUCAUGGCUGAAAAAGGACUCAUAAGUGCCUUUCUAGGAAGGCUAGACUUAUUUGGAAGGGAACAUGGGGGGAAGGGGAUGUGAGGGGUGUGUGUGUGUAUGUGCUUGUGGUUGUUGAGGCCAUUUCUCCGCUCUACAAUCCUUUAAAUUCUGAGCAUUUCAGAUAACUUAUCACUAGUAUUCUUGUAUUCUCCUUGCAUGUAUCUAUAUAUAAAAAAAUUCAUUUCCCUCA